GACAGCACAAAGAAGUCGGCCAUUUUAUUACAGCUUGAAGAACGGAGGGAGAAACGAAGGCUUCCCAAGCGAGCCUAUUUUAGUAGUUUUUGAAUUGUUUUUAUUUUGUGAAAUACACGUUAUACCUACGUACAAACAAGUAUACGUAUUUAGUGUAAGUUUUAGGUGAAUUUAUGGAUUGAGUGAUAGAAAAUGGACGAUCCGAACAGAAUGAUGGCGCAUAGCGGUGGUCUCAUGGGACCUCAAGGAUAUGGUCUUCCCGGAGGCGAAGGCGCUCCGGCCACGGGCGAUGGGGAAGCGCGUAAACAGGAUAUUGGCGAAAUCUUGCAGCAAAUAAUGAAUAUUACCGACCAGAGUUUAGAUGAGGCGCAAGCGAGGAAACACACUCUUAAUUGUCACAGAAUGAAACCGGCCUUGUUUUCUGUUUUAUGCGAAAUUAAAGAGAAAACAGUUUUGUCCCUUCGGAAUACUCAAGAAGAAGAGCCCCCAGAUCCCCAGCUGAUGCGUCUUGAUAACAUGCUGAUAGCUGAAGGUGUUGCCGGGCCGGAGAAGGGCGGUGGUGCUGGUGCAGCAGCAUCAGCUUCGGCUGCUGCUGGAGAGUGGGAUAACGCGAUCGAGCAUUCCGACUACCGUGCGAAGUUGGCGCAGAUCCGACAAAUCUACCACCAAGAACUCGACAAAUAUGAGAACGCUUGCAAUGAAUUCACCACUCACGUCAUGAACCUUCUCAGAGAGCAGAGCCGCACCCGUCCCAUCACCCCAAAAGAGAUUGAACGUAUGGUUCAGAUCAUUCACAAGAAAUUCAGCUCCAUCCAGAUGCAACUGAAACAGUCCACAUGUGAAGCGGUCAUGAUCUUACGUUCCCGCUUCUUGGACGCUCGCCGGAAACGGCGCAACUUCAGCAAGCAGGCGUCAGAGAUCCUGAACGAGUACUUCUACUCGCACCUGUCCAACCCGUACCCGAGCGAAGAGGCCAAGGAGGAGCUGGCGCGCAAGUGCGGCAUCACCGUGUCCCAGGUAUCUAACUGGUUUGGAAACAAACGCAUUCGUUACAAGAAGAACAUCGGGAAGGCGCAAGAGGAGGCGAACCUCUACGCCGCCAAGAAAGCUGCUGCGGCGGGCGCGUCCCCGUACUCGAUGGGCGCGGCAUCGGGCACGGCCACGCCCAUGAUGUCGCCGGCGCCCACGCAGGACUCCAUGGGCUACUCGCUACCGGCGCCGCCUUACGACCAACCGCAGCCGCCCUACGACGCGGGUAUGGCCUACGACCCCAUGCACCAGGACCUGUCACCCUAGGCCACCCUAGGCCACCGUAGAAGCCAUCAAUAAUCGCGCAGCUUCCUCAAAAUUGCCAUUAAAAAAAAGCUAUAACGAGCGGCGUCGUCGCCCCUAGCUCGUAGGACGUUGUAUACUAAUCCCACACCGUUCUUAGCAUCUCUAUGAUCUUUUACUGAAAUUUUAUAUUUCUCGUAUUAUUUACAUUUUAACUAUUUCUACUGUCCAGUAUUUAUUUAAAUAUAUAUAUUUUUUUUAUAUAAAUGUAAUUCGGUAAAGGCAGCUCAAAAAGUAUUAUUUACGUUCGGCCCAGUGAUUUGUUUCGAAAGUAAUUAUUUGGCAGUAUUAACCACGACAGCGAAUGGCGGGAUCUCGUCUAUAAGUUCACUAAAUAAUCCUCACUGCGGUGAAUAUAAAUAUACGAUAGUUUUAAGAGACUGUAGUGUAAUGUUUAUCUGUAAGCGUUCUCGCUGACUAGUAGUGUUCGACGUAGGCGGCUGAGGCGAUCGCCGUGGGAGAAAAUAAAUAUGUUGAUGUGAAAAUAGAAAAAACUAUAUUUUUAUUUUCGAGCUUGAUGUCGUGAGCAUCGAAUUAUUAUAUGAAAUUAGAUUAAUAUUAAUUUUUUGUACAUGUUUAUGAUAUACUGUAUUUUAUACUCGUAAAUACUCAAUGGAAAAAAGUUGAUUUAUGGAUUAGUCUUUGCAGUUACAUAACUGGAGCAAAAUAAGAAUGGACCUUCUUUAUAGCGUCUGCAGUCUGUCAAUAGUGAUAUUGGGACGAUCGCCCGGCUUCGCCGAAACUGUGCAAUUUCAAUAUUUUAUAGAGUUUUGAUCCGCGCACACUCGCGCGACUCCUCUCGUGAAUAGAGACUUGUCCUUUUACAAAAUCGUGUAUUUUCUCAUUGCUCUUCGGGUGUUGUGAAUAUCAGAACAAUAUAAUUAUAUUUUUUACGCGGUGCUAACGAUGUUGCCAGCACAAAGUUUUAUUUUUUCAUUUAGUGUAUAAGUUAAUGUUAGUGAUUUUAUUAUUAUUUAAUUAUUAUUUUUUUUUUUUUUUAUAAAUGAACCGUGCAGAUAAUCAAUUAUACGACUGGAAUUAAAUCGAUUGUUCCACUUAGAGAUAGUUUGGUUAUAAAACUUUUUAGGCUUAAGUCGACGUGUUCUAAAUCGUAAUAUCUGAAACAGUAUACGAAAAAGAGAAAUUUAAUUGGAGUUAAAAAAUUACAGUGGAACACUAACUGGAGCACGCCGCUACUCAGUUCCUCGAUGUAAUAACGCAGACUAUUUAUACAAUUUUAGUGAUAGUUUUUAUGAGAUUCAAUCGACUUAGGAGAUAUACGAUAUAAUAUGUCUAUAUAGUCAGCGGCGUGACACAUGUAUACGACGAGUUCAAUGUUAUUGCGACCAUCAGAUUGAUUAAAUUACAUUUUUGUGUAGUUAA